AUGGCAAAAGCUAUACCGAAAAAAGGUUCACGUGGACGUAUUGGUUCACGUAAGAGUACACGUAAAAUACCAAAGGGGGUUAUUCAUAUUCAAGCAAGUUUCAAUAAUACCAUUGUGACUGUUACAGAUGUACGGGGGCGAGUGGUUUCUUGGUCCUCUGCCGGUACUUCUGGCUUCCGAGGUACAAAAAGAGGGACGCCAUUUGCUGCUCAAACCGCAGCAGGACAUGCUAUUCGUGCAGUAGUAGAUCAAGGUAUGCAACGAGCAGAAGUCAUGAUUAAAGGUCCCGGUCUCGGAAGAGACGCAGCAUUACGAGCUAUUCGCAGAAGUGGUAUACUAUUAACUUUCGUACGGGAUGUAACCCCUAUGCCACAUAAUGGCUGUAGACCCCCGAAAAAAAGACGUGUGUAG